AUAUGUCAUUUCAAAAAACUUUUAAAAUAUUUUUUAAAAUUUAUUUAAUCUUUGCAGUUGCUAAUAAAUAUUUGUGUACCUUUGUUUCAUUUUCAAAUAUAACAACCAGGUACGAAGGAAUGUUUAUCAGGGUAAUUAUUGACGAUAUCACUAAACUACUCCAAAGCCCGACUCCAAUUGGAAUGGCAUUUACGGACCUUCAAGGAAUAGAUUCUACCGAGCUCGCAUUAUCUCUUAUGUCCAGCGCUAUGUCUCCCCUUUCUACGCUUCCGGGCGAGUUACCUGGCACGGGAUCUGCUUCCGGCUCCGGCAAGUACCAUUGCUCCAACUCCAACAGAAGGAAAAAGCAAGUGAAGACGAUUCGGGUGCCGGUGAUAGGUUCAAAAAUCAAUGAUAUUCCAACGGAUGAGUACUCUUGGAGAAAGUACGGUCAAAAGCCGAUCAAGGGCUCGCCUUACCCAAGGUACUCAAUUUCAAUCCCAGCCGUUGAUUUGGUAUUGAAAUGAAAAAUCGGGAUGCGAUAUGAUCGGACGGUGAGAAUUGAAUCUAACGUUUGCUUAAUUGUUUAUGUUGAACAGGGGAUAUUACAGGUGCAUAACGGUAAAAGGGUGCCCGGCGAGGAAACAAGUGGACCGAGCUCCGAAUGAUCCGAUGACGUUGAUCGUAACGUACUAUUGGGAGCACCGGCACGCGCCGGAGAACAUGGAGUUGGUGUGUGAGACAAAGUGAGUGAAAGUGGGUAAUAGGUCUAGCAAACAGGUUGUGUCUGUCGUGUUCGUGUCAUUUUCGUGUAACACAUGU